UCGACCACCACAAGUGCGUCAACCAGCGCGGCAAGGACUUCGAACCAUGCAAGCACUUCUUCAAGGCUUACCAUGCACUUUGCCCCAAUGAGUGGCACCAGAACUGGGACACCCUCCGCGAGAAUGGCAACUUCCCUACCGAUCUCGAGUAGAUGCCCGUAGCAAAUCGACCUCUGUGGCUUGUUUAUUUUGUCUUUAUACUUAUCCUUGCUUCCGUCUUCUGUCUUCAGCGAUGUCUCCAGCACUAUACACACACCGCAUGUUUAUUGACCCUCUACUCGCCAUGCAUCAAUGAAGGACAAUGUACACUACCCCUUCUACCUUGGCGGCACCUCCAGCAUGAUCGCCGCCGCCUGCACACACCCACUCGACCUCGCAAAAGUCCGCAUGCAAAUGUCGGGUGACCAUGCAACGGGUUUCCUCCAAACAAUCGCCCACGUCGCCCGCAAGGAAGGUCCACGCGCCUUGUACGCGGGACUCUCGGCAUCACUCUUGCGACAAGCAACUUAUUCUACGACUCGCUUUGGUGUCUAUGAGGAACUCAAAGCACGCGUAACAGAUCCGUCAUUCGGUGCACUCGUUGCCAUGGCGAGUCUUUCUGGACUCGCAGGUGCGAUUGUAGGGAAUCCAGCAGAUGUCUUGAAUGUCCGUAUGCAAAACGACUUGACCCUGCCACCGGACCGGCGGCGGAAUUACAAGCAUGCGUUGGACGGACUCCGUCGUAUGACACAGGAAGAAGGCAUCGCUAGCUUAUUCCGUGGUGUAGGCGCCAAUGGUGCACGCGGUGUUCUCAUGACUGCCUCGCAACUCGCUUCCUAUGAUCUCUUCAAAUCGGCACUCCUUCGGUAUGGGGUGUUGAAGAAGGAUAAUCUAGUCUGUCACUUUUCUGCCAGUUUUCUCGCUGGCUUCGUGGCAACAACCGUGUGCAGUCCCUUUGAUGUCGUCAAGACCCGCAUCAUGUCUGCAAAGGGUGAUGCUGCCAUCUUGACGGUUGUCAGGGAGGCACUUGCAAAGGAAGGGUAUGCCUUCAUGCUACGUGGAUGGGGUCCGUCAUUUGUGCGAUUGAUGCCACAGACUGUCAUUACAAUGCUUGUCCUGGAGCAGCAGAAGAAACUGUACAGGGCAUUGAUGUAGAAGAGAUAGCUGUAGACGAGAAGCGAUGACUAGACAUGCAACAGGGAUUGCCUCCAGGGA